AUGGUCCAAAUAACAUGUCUUUUGGCUGUAAUGUUCUUUUUUAGUUAUUGUUAUGGAAUAAACAACCAAUGCAGUUCAGCUACAAAUGUUGAUUUAACAAACAGUGAACAAUUUAUGGUAACAGAAGAUACAACUCAUGCUAGUGAUUCACUUUAUAAAGUAGGAAGAAAGAUGUAUAAAACUAAAGGGAAAUGGUAUCGUGUUCAUACAGCUGGACUAGGUAAUAAUAUAGAAAUAGAUACAUGUUUAUCUGGAAUAACAAAUUAUGAUUCAAAAAUUGCAGUUUUUGGACAAUGUGUUAAUGGUAUGGCAAGCCAAUUAUUAUCAACAAACGAUGAUAGUGUACAAGGAUGUGGAUCUGCUGCAAGACUCAUUUUUAAUGACAAACGUAAAACUAGUUUUUAUGUAUUUAUUACUGGUGCAACAGAGAAUGAUGUUGGUGUAUUUGGUCUUAGAAUUAUUAAAAAUCCAUCAUUCAGUAAUAAACAAUGUUCUCAUGCUGCUGAUAUUACUGAAUACCCUUCAUUCAGAGAAGGAACAACAACUGGACUAGCACCAAAUUUCCAUGAAUUAUCUGGAUUAUUUUAUGUUCUUAAAGGAACAGGAGAUAAAAUUCACAUUGGAACAUGCCACCGAGCUACAACGGCUGAUACUGUUAUAAAUGUAUUUGAUAAUUGUGAUUCAAUGAAUCCAAUUCCUACAAAAAUGACUGCAUGUGAAGAUGGUAAUAUGGGAUCGAAAAUUCAUAUUGACACUGUACCAGGUAAAAUUUAUUAUAUUCAUGUAGCUUCUUCACCAAAUAAGAGGGGAAUGUUUAUAGUAACAUUCGAUAUUGAAAGUUCAUUUGGACCACAAACAUGUGACAAAGCACUUGCUAUUACCACUUUACCAUUUGCACAUACUACCAAAUUAACAGGAACAACUCAAAGUAUGUCAUGUGGAAGUUCAGUAGAAAAAGUUGGUUCAUGGUAUUCUAUUGUAGGAGAUGGAUAUGAUUAUUUAAUGUAUACAUGCAAUAGUAUGAAUGGACCACAAGAUGGAACAAUGAUAGAAAUAUUUGAAAGUUGUACGUCUAAUAGUAAAUGUGAAAUGAAUAAUAAUGGAUGUGGAUUACAUGGUAAAAUUAGUAAAAAAUUAGAAUUAGGAAAGAAUUAUUUCAUUAAAGUAAGUUGUUCUAACCCACAUAAUCAAUGUAGAGUUACAUUAAAUGUUGAUAAAAUUAAUCCACAAGGAACAGUCAAUAGUUGUAUUUUUUCUAAACUCGUUAGUAUUACAAGUAAAGAUGAUUCAUUUACUGAUGCAUUUGAUUUACAUACUUCAAGAACAUCACAAACUCAUUGUGGUGGUGAUUCUCAAAAGAAAGGUAUUUGGUAUAAAGUUGUAAAUGAUUAUAAAUAUGCUUUUCCUUUAUUUAUUCAAGCAAACGUCCUUUUAGCAUCUUCUACUAAACACACAGCUGAGAUUCAAAUGUAUAGAACAUGCUCUUUAGAAUGUGAAGAAAGACAAUAUUCAGUUCAUCAUGUUUUACUUAAGCCUAAAGAAACUAUAAUGUUCUUUGUUACAACAACAGAAGAAGAAGGUCAAGUAUCAGUAUUUAUGAGAAGAGAUUAUCAUAUUAAUCAUGACACUUGUAAAACAGCUUUAGAAUUUAAUGCACCAUUUACCUUAGUUGAAUAUAAACCAAAUACUGGAAAAACUACUACACCAAUCUGUGCUAAAGAUGUUGUUGGAAGACACACAGGUAUUUACUAUUAUUUCCAAAGUCCUGUAACAGAUACAAUGAUUGUAGAAACUUGUGGUCUUGAAACUCAAUUCGACACAUAUGUUGAAGUAUUCCAAGGAUGUGGUAAUGAUGCUAGUUGUGUAUUAUCUAAUGAUGAUUCUCCAGAGUGUGGUAGUUCUGCUUCAUAUGUAAAGUUUGAAGCACAACAAGGAGCAGAAUAUUAUAUUUAUGUUUCUGAAUCUAGUAAGGCAGUAGAUACAGAAGGAACAUUUAGACUCAAUGUUUAUACACUCAAUCCUCCAUCUCAUUCAACUU